AUGCCCAAAGUCGUCUCGAGAGCAACAGUGUCGUCUUCGGAACAGGCAACUGCUACCGCAUCGUCCAAAGCCGUACUACGCUCGUACUACUGUCUAUGCGGAGAUUUCGUCUUGGUCCUCCAGGGAAAGCUUGAUCGGCUGCCGAGAAGAAAGACCGAUGGAGCCUACAUUAUACGCUCAAAAGCUGGAGCGGACCCAUCAAAACAGCCAGCGAGAAAGUUCAAGCUGAACGCUCAGCCUGGUCAAAGAUGUCUGCUCAAACGGAGAGAUACCUCGGAUCUGGAACUCAGACAACCUUUGUGCUGCUCAAGAUGCAAGACUCCUGUCGCCUACCAAUCUUCGCCACCACCUGUGGGAGAAGCGCCUUUCCUGUAUGUGAUCAAGGGAGCGGUCACAGAAUUGCAAGGACGGGUACCCACAGAUGCUUUUGAGGGAGAGGAGUCGUUGCCGCUGGAACCGGUCGCGGGGUCGAAAGAAUGA